AUGAACGACAAUGAAAUUAAUUUAGAUGUUAACACUUAUUUUUUACGUCAUUUUACACCACUUUCACUGACCAGAAACUUUGCAUUUUUCGCCGUUUUGUUAUCUCACCUCCCGUUUUUCAAGAAGAAAGCCUGCUUCAGAGCAAUUAUUUUUGACAAAGACGGUACUAUUAUUUGCUUUAACUCUUUAUGGGUUCCCUGGGCUAAAAUUGUCGCCCAUAAGAUUUCACAAGACAUUACAAAGGAUAUUGAGUCCGAAAUACUGAUGGCCCUUGGAUUUUGUGUCGAAACACAGAGAAUUUUUCCAGGUGUAUUAGCUGAGGGCACUGAAAAGCAAAUAUCAAGUGUCUUAGUAAAUUUGUUGGUAAACCAUGGCAUUUGUAGAAAUAUUGCGCAGUCUGUUGUGGAUAAACAUAUUAAAAUUUCAUCAAUUUCAUCUCAACACGUUGUUCAGUUGUAUGACCUAAAGAAUAUGUUCACCACCCUACGACAACAUUCAAUCAUGACGGCCAUUGUACUUCCGACAGUCGCAAAGGGACACUACAUGCAUUGGUAA